AUGUCGCGUUGCGAAGCCGUUGCAGGAUACCAGUCCGUCGGAUACAAUUGGAUCGAUGGUGCUGAAAAUUUGGAAAAAUACGAGCCCGGGGGCUAUCAUCCAAUCCUCAUCGGUGAUGUGCUCCAUGACCGCUACCGCAUCGUAGACAAGCUAGGCUUCGGCGGGUAUUCAACCGUCUGGCUAGCGCAGGACACGCGCCAGCAGGAAUAUGUCGCCGUCAAGGUUGGCGUUUCAGAGUCUCUCUCUCUCUCUCAGGAAUUGAAGUGUCUCCGAGCUCUCUCUGCUCCGCCAGGACCGGUACGUCCUGGUCAUGAGGCGAUCCCCGUUCCCCUGGAUGAAUUCGAGCUCCGUGGACCGAACGGCGUUCAUCCGUGCUACACGAUGGUUCCAGCACGGUGCGAUCUGAGAGAGGUAUCGUUUAGCCACUUGUUUCCCCUCGACGUGGCGCGGGCGUUGGUCGGGGGUCUGACGAGGGCGAUUUCGUAUAUGCAUUCAUGCGGAUACGUUCAUGGGGUUCGCUUCAAUCACCUCUCCAUUAAACAGUUCUACGAGAAAUACGGCGACCCAGAUACCGUCCCCAUUACGUCCCGGGACGGAACAGCAGCCCCUUUACCACCCAACGUCCCCCCAAAUGCGGUCACUCCUCUCUACCUGGGCAUAGACGCAGAGGACUUCAAGCUGCACGAUGCACACGUUCUCCUCAGCGACUUCGGCGAGUCAUACUCCCCGACUACUGAGCUCCGCCGCGGCGAGGACUGCCACACGCCGCUGGCGAUGCGCCCCCCUGAGGCGCGAUUCGCGCCGCAGGCGCCUCUCUCGUACCCUGCUGAUAUCUGGAGCUUGACAAUCGCUAUCUGGGAGAUCCUAGGCAUGAAGGCCCUCUUUAGCAACGAGUACGUCACUGAGGAUGAGAUGGUUUCUCAGCAUAUCGAUGUGCUGGGGCCGAUGCCUACUCCUUGGUGGGAGCGCUGGGAGGGACGGGGUGAGUUUUUUACUCCGGAUGGCCGUCCGAUUGAGGGCCGGGAGGUAUGGCCUGAGCUUGGACAAUCGUUUGAGAGCGGUGUCCAGGAGUAUCGACGGAAGUGGCAGAUAGGGGUGUUUGGGGAGGAGGAAACUCGGGCGAUCCUCGAUUUGGUCCGGAAGAUGCUGGUGUUUCAGCCGGGGGAACGGUUAACGAUCGAGGAGGUUUUGGAGUCGGAAUGGAUGGUGAAGAUAGAGCUGUUAACCAUCUACCCAUGA